GGAUAUCUUGUAAAUUCAGUUGCUGUGAGGUUAAAUCGGGUAAGUAGAUAACUGAAACGACCGUUACCGUGCUUUUCCUAUGUGGGUGUGUCAGAGCUCCACAGUUACUGACUAACACACUAUUUACUCCUCUUUUUCCCUGAGCCAGCACUUUACAUCUAGUCGGGUUUUACUCCAUGUCUCUCAGGACCAUUGUGCACUUUGACCCAGAGGAUAUCCUGUGCUUUCUCAGCAGUUGCAGCUUUAGUGCACUAAAGCCAACAGACAAAAGUUCUCCACAGUUUGGGGCACUUCAGUUGCUACAAAAAGAGGAUUGUAUUAUUCUCCCAAGCAGAGGACAGACACUUUGAAAAGCCUCAAUUUCAAGCUUUGACAAUGAUGGAUGAAGUGAGAGAUGUUUCCUCUGUCCUGAGCGUCCAUGUUGAUAACAUCAGGAUAACAGAAGUGCUGCAGGAUGGAGACAUGCUUACCUUUAUAAUUGUAUCUCAGAAGCUGUCUGGGACAGGGGAGUACCAUGUGGACCGGACCUGUGAUGACUUUGAGUGGCUGCAGCAGCACUUGUUCUCUCAGGAGGAUGUUCCCGGGAUACAGGGAGUAAUAUUUCCCCCUCUUCCGGUCAGGGCUCAGGUGAACGCAUCGGCCAAGGUUGUGAAACAGCUUGGUUUACUUGGUUUAGGUGAGUGGCAGCCCUACUGCAGUGCUCUGGAAACCUUCCUCAGGCAGGUCGCCGCACACAGCAUACUCAGCAAAAAUAAAGCUGUGGAGGUCUUCCUGACUAGCGUGGAUCCUCCUGGGAGGCAGAAAAUAAAGAAAAACAUAUUCAACCGACUGAGCCAAGCUGUGGAGGGGAUGAGAAAAGAAGGCCAUAAGGAUGUGGAUGAGUUCUUUCAAACCGAGCGUGAUCAUAACCUCUUGCUCACUAGCUGCACUAAGACCGCCGCUGAGAAAUUCCUAGACCUGGUGCUGACCGAGCAAAAAAUUGCAGUGGCUUUUGGGCACUUCUCAGCCUCUCUGCAACUCUGCGUGGAAGCAGGGGAUGAUCCAGAGAAACAAGCUUUCUCUCGUGUUUGUGUGAAACUGUCUGAAGUCUUUGAUUCUAUGAAGAAAAGUAUGAUGAGUGUGGCUGUGAACGACGUGAGCAGCCUUGGACUGGGCCUGGACCUGGAGUCUCGUUACCAGGAGGCAGAGAAGGAAAUGCUCUUCAGGAGAACUUGUAAACUGGUGGAGUUAGAGAACGCCACAAAGAAUGCAGAGAAGGCCAAACCUGUAAAGAAGACUGCUAUGGAGGAGGUGAAGACAGCAACGGAGACUGAGUUUGAGCAGAUUUGUAAAGUUGCCAAGCAAGAGAUUCUUCACUUCAAACGCGAACGCGUGGAAAUGCUGCAGCGUGCUCUGGUUCAGUGGAGUGAAAAGCAGCUUCUUACGGCCAAAGAAAGUGCCGAGGUGUACAAGCAGCACCUGCAAGCCUUUAAAGCCAUGGCCUAA